AUGCUGGAGCACUUGCAAUUUGGUCCUUUGGUCAGAAGCCUAUAUAAGACCCUCAUUCUGUCUCUCCCACCCAUUUCCCUCUUUCCCUCCUCCCUUCAUCUUCGCUUGCCCACUUCCCGAUUUGGACGUCUUGGCAAAGUCAACCCCACACUUCGCCCGUCGUCGAGGCCGUCGUCUGCGCGCAUGCUCUCACACUUGCGCUUGAAGACUAGGUUUGCGCUCCCUUUGGUUGUGCCCGACAUCUGGUGGGAACUGUCCAUGGCGGGGCACGGGCUGCUGCUGGCGCGAAGCUCCAUUGAUUCAAAUCUACAGCACGUUGACCCUUCCUCCGCCGUCGGUCCUCCUGCGAAUGAACACGAAUACUCACAUUGUUUUCUCAGACUUGCUGUCAUCAAGUAUUCGCGUGCGCUGUCCCCCCUGGGUUAUUUGCGGAAGACGGGGAGCUCGGCGUGGCCCGAAAUGCGCGGACGCGGCGCAUCGACAGCAAAGCUGCUGACAGCAAGUGCAAACUCCACAUACUUGUCUUCAAACCGCGACUUACCCUGCGUCAGAUCUGUUUGGUCGUUCCCCUCGUACUCGCUGUCCGCAUUACUGACCAAGGCUUGCAGAUGGAUAGCGAAGACACUUUCCCCCCGUCUUCCCGCUGUUAUACUGCUGCCUCUCGGCGUCCUUGCUGUCCAUUACCGCCCAGAACGAGCCGCUGCGACCACAGCUGUCGACACAGCAUCAGUUCCUGCCCUGGAUUCUCCCGGGUGACGCGUUCACGGACAACGUCCGGCGUGGCGCGUUUGGGGCCGCGUUGGACGGCGCAUGCGCAGCCUGUUGGUCGCCAGAUUGCUGGGGUAAGUCCCGCUCUUGAAAUCGUCGCUUACAACGUCUAGAACGACCCAGAACGCUGCUAAUCAAGGAUCGAUCUUGAUUCCGCCAUUGCUGACCCGGGCCGAGCUUUGCAGGUUUCUGGCUGUAAUUCGGCCCGGCGGUGCGCGCGCGAUGGGUGCUGACGACUGCGCGCUUGGGGGCGCGGUCGUGCCAGAUUAUCGACCAGGCUCGCUCGGUACCCAGCUUGUCUUGUAUCCGUCGUUGCUGACUGGAUUUUGCAGGUUUAUCGCUGGAGCUCGGCCAGGCGACGUGUUUUCAAUGGAGGUCGAACGGCGCGUUCCCGGCCUGUUAA